UAAAUCUCUUUUGAUUAAGAGUUUGGUCAGUUUCUAUACCAGGGGAAAUCAUUGCGACAUGGCAGGGCCUAUCAGAAUUUUAGCAGGCGGAAAAAGACGGAUACAGUUUGUGGGGUGUCCAAAUAAUGUCAAUGGCAUGAUUGAUGCGGCAAAGUAUGCCGAUGCUGUCAUAUUUGUUGUAGAUGCAGGUUAUGGGUUUGAAAUGGAAACAUUCGAGUUCCUUGAACUCUUAAAAGUUCAUGGGAUGCCCAAGGUUAUGGGGGUGCUUACAUAUCUUGAUACCUUUAGGAACAAAACCAUGCUCGCAAACACUCAGUGAA